AUGCCUUACAGUCAGGGCGCGCAGGACGCGCUAUUAAAAUGGGUAAGUGACCUGUACAUCUUUUGCCUCCACAAGCGCGGCCAAAAGCGCGCGCCGAGUAUGGCAGAGAAGAGGGACGAUGACGGCGUCAUCCUCGCCGAGGUCCUCCAGGAUCUCGACCCUUCCUUCAAUAUCUCCGACCUCGACCUGUCCACGACGACAACCGCGCCGCGAUCCCUCGGCCGGAAGAACAAUCUCAUGGCCAUCCACAAGGCCCUCUUCAAGUUCAUCCACCGCGAGUGUCCCGACCUCGAGUUUCUCUCAAAGCGAACUUAUAUUCACUCCCUAGACGACGGCCCUACCUCCGAUAGCGUAGCAAAGGUAGUAACCCUUCGCUCUUCCACUAAAACCGUGCAUUCGGAAGAUGCUAAGCUUAAUAAUGACGUCGCGCAGCUCAUCUCCGCCAUGAUCGCCGUCGCCUUCCUCGGCCCCGAUCCGGUCAAGUACGUCAAAAGGCUGCAGGAGCCCGACAAAUUCGAGCAGACCACGAUGCGUGAGAUUCAGCAGGUUAUCAUAGAGAUUGAAAGCGAGAGAUCCAAGGCCACUAAUAAAACCGAUGCUGACGAAACACUCGAGGCUGCCAUUUUAGCUCUCGAGGCGGAGCGUGCCGAACUCCUCGAAAAGCUCAAGGUUGCGAGGAUGCAGCAUGCUGACACCAUUAGCCGGUUGGAGCACUUACAGGAAAGCUACGAGUCGUUGAAAGUGGAAGCGGAUGAACACUUACAAGAGCUCUACGUGCUGCGCGAAGCAACCGAAGAUGGCGCCUCUGACUCUCAGGUUAUCAAGGCCCUCAGGAACAGGAUCAAAGAGCAAGAUGAGCUCAUCACCAGCCAGGAGGCCCAAGUCAAAGCCCAGCAAGACGUGACGGAGAAGCUCAAGAGGGAUGUUACCACAUUAUUACCGGAAGCGGACCGUGCAAAGCAGCUAGAUGAGGAGAUUAAAGAGCUUCGGUAUAAAAGCCAAGAGCUCGAGAGAAAGGCGAAUGCUGCCGAGAGACUAAGAGGGAAACUUGAGGAGCAGCAGAAGGUCGUCAUCGAAGUGCAAAAUCUGCGAUUCGAGAAGGAUCAGCUGCUGAAAAAGACGACGGAUUACGACAGAUUAGUCCAGAGGAACACUUCCCUCGAACAAGCCCUGCAGGAAAUUCGGUCUUCCCAUGCGCAAGCCGAGGAGACUCUGUUCCUCCUCAAUAACCAGAAGCGGAUGCUAGAAGAAACGAAUAGAACAUUAGCCAACGAAAUCACCCGCCUGACGGAGUUAAGAUCGAAUGACGAACAGUUCAUCGCCGAACUCCAGGAGCAAGCGGGCUCUCAGAUCGCCGCAGAUCACACCGGCGGCGCCAUCUCUCUCGAGCAGGAACUUGAAGGCACCCAGCAAAUGCCCGGCCUCAUGCUCGAACUUAGCAGGCUAAAGGCCGAGAACGCCCUCCUCAAGCGGGGAGUGGGUUCCACCGAGACCUCGCAACUCCGCGCGGAUCUCGAGGAAGAGCAGCGCAAGUACCAAGAACUACGAAACAAGUACACCGAGAUUGUCGAGAGACACUCGGUGGCACAGGAUCAGAUCACUGCGCUCGUCAACGACGCUGCUGGUGAAGGGACUCGUGCAUUCAACGAGCUUCGGACCCAGCUGCUACAGGCGAACAUGGAUCACAAGCGCGAGGCUCAGCGCGCAAACGACCUUCAGACUCAAGUGGCCGAUAAAGAGCGCGAUCUCCUCGUAGCGAGGACGGAGCUCUCGGCCAUGUCCAAGGACGGCACCGAAGCCCUCGAAGAACUCAAGGCCACGGACGAGCUCGUAUCAGCCUCUCUCAGGGACGAACUCGACGCCCUCCGCACGCGCGUCAAGUCACUCACGUCCGAGAUCGAGCUGCAAAGAACCCAGCUUCUCGAGGCUUUUGUCGCCAAGGACAAGGUCCAAAAGGAAAUCGAGGCGCUCCGAGAUUCGAAGCCCGCGGUUGAGAAUAAGAACAUCACCGACGAGGUCAUCGCCGAGGAGAUUAACAAGACCUCGGAGAAGAUUGAGAAGCUGCGCGAUAGGCUCAGGCAGCGGCAAGAGGUAAUGCGCUUCCAACCCUUUGUCCUUGUUGAGCAUCCGUCCCCCCCUUCCACCCCUACGAAGAAUCCUCCUCUGGAGUUUGGGUGGACGCAUGAUGAACAACUCGAAAAGGCCGAGCAGGAAAAGUACGAACUUCAGCGCAAGCUCAAGACCGCUUUGGCCGGCGGUGCAUCAGCGUCGCAAAAGGCCGCCGCCGAACAAACAAUUAGGAACCUCCAGCGCGAGAACGCCCUCAUCACGUCGGCGUGGUAUGACCUGGCAAGCAGGCUGCAGAGCAACCAUGUCGUCCUUCAAAGGAGGCACGAUACGCCGAGGAGUUGGCUCAAUAAGCAGCGGCAGCUAGUGAAUGCUACGCCGAGGAGAUGA